CGCAGAGACCUCAAAGGAGAGGCAGCAUUGAAAAACAAAGCUCGAAAGGGAUUCCUCUUACGUUCCCUCCUCCGCCUCCGUCAGACAAUCGCCCGUCAUGGCGGAUACCAAGACCGAGUCGACGGCCCGGCACCACGACGAAAAGCUGCAGUCUGAACAGCUCGAGGACGUUAACGCCGCGGCCAAUGCAGCAUUGCCCGAAUCGCAUUCCAACGAGAAGCUUGGGUUCCGUGAUCUGUGGGAGAACAAGCGUGUGCUGGGUUUCUGCUUGUUGAUUUAUCUUUUGCCCAUCAACUUUGGCUAUGAAGUCUCGACUAUCGGAAAACUCCUCGCCGUCACCCCCUUCGCCCAGCGUUUCGGCCACGAAGUCAACGGCAAAUGGCAGGUCGCCGCCCAAGACCAGCAGAUCCUCAACGCAGCGGGCACCAUCGGCAUCUUCGUCUCGGCCUUUGCCACGGGUUUUAUCAGCGACAUCUUUGGCCGUAAAAAGACCAUCGGCGUCGCCUGCUUGAUCUGCUGCGGCGGCACGAUUCUCCAAUACUUUGCCACGACCGUCAUGAUGCUGUUUGGCGGCAAGGUCAUUGCGACUUUCGGGUUCGGUCUGGGCCACUCACUGGGCCCCGUGUUCGUGGCGGAGCUCGCGCCGGUCAAGAUGCGCGGUGUCUGCCUCGUCUUGGUCAACACUAUGAUCACCGUUGGUCAGUGGCUCAACUCUGCUACCGUGUUGGCGAGUGACCACUACAAGAACGAUCUGUCAUGGAGGAUUCCCCUGAUUACCCAACUUAUCCCUCCCGGCCUGCUGCUUUGCGGUCUGGCCUUUUUACCCGAGUCUCCCAGUUGGCUCCUGAUCAAAGGCCGCCGUGAAGAGGCCGCCAAGUCGUACUUGCGAUUCAAUGGCCCCAAAUUCGACGUGGACGCCGCCAUGGCUGUUGCUACAGUUGCCAUUGCCAAGGAGCAGGAGGCCAAGAAGGAACAGGAGUCAGCCCGCUGGAUUGACUGCUUCACUGGAACCAAUCGCCGCAGAACGCUCAUCAUCGUGAUGGUCUACCUAUCGCAGCAGGCUAUUGGUGUCAACUUCGUUUCAGGAUACCUCACGUAUUACUUCCGUUUGGCCGGCGUGAACAACCCCCUCGCGAUCGGACAGGCAGCGUAUGCGAUCCAGUUCGUCGGAAACAUGACUUCGUGGCCCCUCGUCGACCGAUAUGGAAGACGCCCCUUGAUCGUUGGCGGCGUCUUCUCCAUGACGGCUCUCCUGCUACUCAUCGGCGGCAUCAGCACCAUCGGCAGCCCCGCUUCUCUGUCGGCAACUGUAGCUUUUAUGGUCAUCUGGGGUUUCAUGUACCAGGCGACGCUGGGUGCUGUUGCGUACUCUGUUGGAGGGGAAACUGCUAGUGUUCAACUUCGGCAAAAAACAUACAGUAUCAACAUUAUGUGCUCGACUGCAGCGUCCUGUCUGGUAUUGCAGGUUAUGCCGUAUCUACUCAACACAGAUCAGGCCAACCUGGGGGGUAAGAUCUGCUUCAUCUUCUUUGGCCUGUCUUUGCCCAUCUGCGCGUGGCUGUACUUGUACUUCCCCGAGAUGAAGGGCCGCAACUACGCGGAGAUCCAGGAGAUGUUCAGCAACCGCGUGCCGGCCAGGAAGUUCAAGUCGUACGUCUGUGAAGCCGGCGCCGGGGGCCAAGAGGAGAAGAAGUUGCAGGAGGACGAGGCAUAAAGGGGGGGAUGGAUGGAUGGGAUAGGUGGCAAGCGACGGUGGGUACCAAAGGUGUAAUCUUUAAUGAAUGUGACGAGUUUUCU